AUGGUUCUGCUGGACAAAUUGGCUGAUCUCGAGUGCACUGGACCAGUCUUUGAUCAGAACCUGCGCAUGCUGGUCAUGCCCAUUGCCACCCUGAUUGGCUUUGGCUGGAAGGGAGCAUUUGCCGAUGCAGGUGUCACAAUUGUCCAGAAGGUGACUCUGUUUCCAGCCCCACUCGAGCAAGCGAUACUUGCAAUGAUUCUGUUGUUGGUGAUUCUGCCUGCGUGGCGGUGGUACAUCCUUCCCAAAGUUAUGUACGACUACUUGAAGCAUGCAAAGAAGAAGACACUGCUGGAUGCGGAGGGCCGAACGUUAGAAGUCAUUUUGGACGAAGAGUUGGACAAAUGCCUCGACAAGCUGGAGUCCAUUGUGGUUUCGUACCCCUCUGAGCGCCAUACGCACCACAAGGCGAUUGUUCUGGAGCUGGAGAGGUUGCGCAAGAUCUCCGAAAACAUUGUUCAGGAUGCUGGACUGAAAUGUUGA